AUGGAAGCCUUGAGUGUAAUCUGGGACUUUGCUAAAAGUUUGUUCAGAUGCACAAACGCACAAGUUGCCUAUGUUUAUAAGCUGCAAGAGAAUCUGGAAUCAUUGAUGGAAAAAUGGGAAGAUCUUGAAAACAAGAAAAAGGACGUGCAAACAGAAAUCGAUAGAGCUGAGAGCACAGGAGUCAUGAAAAGAUCAAAUGAAGUGAUUGGUUGGUUACAUGAAUUUCAAAAAUUUGAAGAGAAAAUGAAAGACAUUCCCAAUUCUCAAGAAGUUCAAAGUAAACAAUGUUUGAAUGGUUAUUUCUCAAAGAAUUGUGUGUCAAGCUACAAGUUAGGGAAAACAAUUGUUAAGAGGCUCAAUGAUGCAAAUGGUAUGCUUGCUAGAGUUAGAGCUGGUAAUAUGCAGAUUGCUCUCAAGCAACCACCUAAACCUAUAGAUGAGAUGCCUUUUAGCGAGACUAUAGGAUUAGACUUUAUGGUCCAAAAAGUGUGGAAUUCUCUUGAGGAUGACACUGUUGAUGUAAUUGGUUUAUAUGGAAUGGGUGGGGCUGGGAAAACAACCCUUAUGAAAAGAAUUCACAAUGAAUUAGGAACAAGAGAUCAUAGUUUUGAUCUAGUGUUAUGGGUGGUGGUUUCUAGAGAUUGUGAUGUCAAUAAAAUAGGGAAUGACAUCCACAAAAAAUUAGGAAUUGAUGAAUUUUUUUGGAAUACUAGUACCCAUGAACAAAGAGUAGCAAAGAUUUAUGACCGAUUGAAAGGAAAAAAGUUUUUAUUGAUGUUAGAUGAUUUGUGGGGAAAGCUAGAACUAGAAGCAAUAGGAGUUCCUGAUCCGGAAAAAAAUAACAAAUCAAAAGUAAUGUUCACAACACGAUCUGAAGAUGUGUGCGGUAAAAUGCAAGCUAAAAAGAAACACAAAGUAGAAUGUUUAUCAGAGAAAGAUGCAUUUGAUUUGUUUUGUAAGAAAGUAGGCGAUGAGACUUUAAAAUGCCAUACAGAGAUCCGAAAGCUAGCACAUGAAAUGGCUAAAGAAUGUGGAGGAUUGCCGCUAGCAUUAAUCACUGUGGGAAGUGCCAUGGCUGGAGUAAAAAGCUUUGAAGCUUGGAUGGUUGCGAAAAAUAAUUUGAGGAGUUCUUCUUGGACAGCCUCAGAUUUAGAGGAUAAAGUUUUUCGUAUCCUCAAGUUUAGCUACGAUAAACUUCCUGAUAAGGCACAUAAAAAUUGCUUCCUAUACUGCGCACUAUACCCAGAAGAUUUUGAAAUAGACAUGGAUGAUCUUAUUGAUCGAUGGAUUGCUGAGGGAUUUCUUUGUAGAGAUGAUACGAGUAUAUUUGAUAUGUACAUCCAAGGGAAGUCAAUUAUUGAAAAAUUAACACUUUCAUGCCUAUUAAAUGAGAGUAUUGACAUCGAAUCUUUCUGUUAUCUUGAGAGGAUUAAUAGGACAGUUAAGAUGCAUGAUGUGAUUAGAGAUAUGGCACUAUGGUUAGCUCGAGAUGAAGAUGAGAACAAAGACAAAGUCGUAGUUCAGGGGGAAGGUUUUUCCAUUUCAGAAAUAGAUUCUAAAAGAUUGAAUUCUAUAGAGAGGAUUUCAAUAAUAAAUGAUAAAAGUUUUUUAGAAGAAUUCUAUCUACCAGCUUGUCCAAAUCUCAUCACUAUUUGUUUUAGGUCUCAGCGGGUUUCCAUUUUAUCAAAUUUGCAAUUCCUAAAAAGGUUGAGAGUGUUGGAUUUAUCAUAUACUAGAUCUCUUGAGAUAAUCUCCCCUGAAAUAGGUGAGUUAAUCAACUUGGAGUUCCUUAACAUUUCAAGAACAUCAGUAUCUUCGGUUCCCAUUGAACUCAAGAAGUUGAAAAAUUUGAGGGUAUUCCUUAUGGAAUAUAUGAAAGGCUUUUCUAGUAAUAUUUUUCCAUUGGCAGUUAUAGAAAGUCUUGAACAAUUAAAAGUGUUUAGAUUUAGUAGAAGCUUCGUCAAUGUAGAAGACGAGAUAUCAUUACUAGAGGAGCUGGAAGCCUUACUAAAAUUGGAGGAACUGACCAUCCAAUUAACUGACAUCACAAGUAUGCAGAGACUAUUUAACUCCACCAAAUUACGAGGUUGCUCUAGAUGUCUUCAGCUUCAUUACAGUGGAGUGGACAAUAAGGAACUAGACACAGUUGAAAUGUCAUCAUUAUUAGCAUCCAUGUCAGAAAUGACUCAUUUGGACUACAUACUUCUUUUUGGGAUGCACAGUCUCGUGGAUGGUUCAAUGGUUACUAACAAAUUCCAUCUUGGCAAGCUUCGACAAGUGCGCAUAUUUAUUUGUGAUUCAAUUACUCAUUUGUCCUGGUUGAGGUAUGCUCCGUUUCUCGAGUAUCUUGUUGUUUAUGCUUGUAUUUCAAUUGAACAUGUGGUUAAGGAAGCUAAAGAUGACGAAGAUGUUGGCUCUGAGUCUAUGAAUGAUAAUAUAUUCACAAAUCUUAAAGAUCUUUGCCUUCAUAAUAUGCCAAAGCUAUUGAGCAUCCACAAAAAAGGUUUGGCUUUUCCUUCCCUACAACGUAUUCGUGUAACUAAUUGCCCCAAUCUGAGGAAGCUUCCUUUCAAUUCCACCUUUUCUUCAAAGGACAACUUGGUUGCAAUCCAAGGAAGUACAGAGUGGUGGGACAAUUUAGAGUGGGAUGACACAUUUAUUCAACACUUUCUACGUCCUAAAUUUCAACAUAACAAGGGCAUGGGCAUAGAAUUUCUAGAUUGGUACUUAAAUCGAUAG